GUAGGUUGGUGGAGGAUGCAGUGGCCACUGUAUGCAGACCUGCAGGUCAAUGGUGUUCCCGUUCGUGCAACUGACAGACCUGGUUCCCAAUUGCUUGGUGCUAAUGGUCGGGAUGACGGUCCAAUUAUCACGCCAUAUACAAAAGACGGAAUUAAUAAGAUUUCCUUAACAGGAAGUGAUGCUCGCAUUUUUUGUUUAGGGGUUCGUAUUGUUCGAAAGCGCAGUAUGCAGCAGAUCCUAAACUUAAUUCCAAGGGAAUCUGAUGGCGAGCAAUUUGAAGAUGCUCUUGCACGUGUUUGCCGUUGUGUGGGGGGCGGAAAUGCAGCUGAUGAUGCCGAUAGUGAUAGUGAUUUGGAAGUGGUUUCAGAUACUUUCACUAUCAACCUUCGUUGUCCUAUGAGUGGUUCGAGAAUGAAGGUUGCUGGAAGAUUGAAACCCUGUAUUCACAUGGGCUGCUUUGAUCUUGAAGUUUUUGUGGAGAUGAAUCAGCGAUCAAGGAAGGUAGGAUUCCAACAGAUGGUGCAUGAUUUGUCACAUGUAGUUGUUGCUUGGAUAAUCUUUUAUGUCACUGCAACAGGCAAGGGCACCCCGAUAAGACAUGUUUCGGGCAAAAGCAAGAUGUUAUUGGGCUUGCUAGAAGGGAUUCCUACCAUGUUGAAGGGUGAAGUGGCAAUGGUAAUGUAUUGAUGAUCGAAAUACCUG